CUGAUUCUAACCUUCACAAUCUACUUGCUAAGAUGUCUGAAUUAACAGAAGUUGAGAGUAGUAAAAUUUUCGGAGGAUGGCAGAAGAUAUAUACACACAAUAGUACUGAAUUGGGAUGCAAGAUGAGAUUUGCCAUCUACAUACCAUCUCAAGCUGAGAAAGAAUCAGUACCAGUUAUCUACUGGUUAUCCGGUCUCACUUGUACAGAGGCUAAUUUUAGUCAGAAAGCUGGAGCGCAAAAAUAUGCUGCAAAUCAUGGUGUACUUCUUGUCAUACCUGAUACUAGUCCAAGAGGAUUGAAUAUUCCUGGGGAGGAUGAUAGUUAUGACUUUGGUACUAGUGCAGGAUUCUAUGUAGAUGCGACAUGCGAACCAUGGAAAAAAAACUACAGGAUGUACAGCUAUAUUACAAAAGAAUUGUCAACAUUGAUUAACAAAGAAUUUCCAACUUUGCCGUCUAGACAGUCUUUAAUGGGCCAUAAUAUGGGAGGACAUGGCGCUUUAAUUUGUGCCUUCAAAAACCCGGGACAGUUCAAGACAGUUUCAGCUUUUGCACCCAUAAGCAAUCCAAUCUUAUGUCCAUGGGGAAAAAAAGCCUUCUCAGGAUACUUGGAAGGAUCAGAGGAUAAUGCUGCAUGGAAAGAAUGGGAUGCUACCGAACUAGCAAAGAAAUAUAAUGGCCCAUCUUUGGAUAUUUUAAUUGAUCAGGACAAAGAGGAUAAGUUUCUGAAAGAAGGCCAAUUAUUACCAGAGAAUCUGCUAAAUGCUGCAAAGGAUAAGGAUAACAUCGCGCUAACUAUCAGAUUUCAAGAGGAUGGCUAUGAUCAUAGUUAUUACUUUUUACUACAUUACUACAUACUUAUUACUACAUUUAUUGAAGAUCACUUUAAGCAUCAUAUGAAAUAUCUUAAAAAUUAAGUUGUAUCCAAAAUUACUUUACCAAAAAUUGUUUAAAAA